AUGACGUUGCAAACCCUCCCAAUAGAAAUACUUUACGCGAUCAUUCGUUUCAUAGGCAGCGAUGAGCUCCGAAAACAGGAGGGCUGCGGCCUCUUGAUCUGCAAAUUAUGGUACAAGAUCGCACGACCCGUCUUGCUAGCAGAUCUUAGGCUUAGUGCCACCCAGCUGGUACAAGCGCCCGAGAGUGCGGAUCGCAAGAUCAGAACCUAUUGCCGCAUACUCACAAUUGACAUCAAUGGCUCCGGCGAUUGGCCUGGCGAACACGACAUCGACAAACUGAACUCCAAACUCAAUUCAUUGGUGGACGGGAACAACUAUUUAAGAUCCUUCACUUUGCGCGCGCGCAGCCAUUUUGACCCAGCACACCCGCUAGCUCCGCGCAAGCAAUAUAUCACAAAAUGGAAUCCUACCGAAUUUUUCAACAUGUUGGGGACUUCCAAGCUUUCGCAUCUUGUGAUUGAUACGUAUGGAUCUGAAAUGAGCGGCGCAGUGCAUAUCUGUCCUCGGCUGGGGCUGCAAAUCCCUGCAUUGCGAUCUGUGCGGUUACGUAUGCGCAGCAUUUGCCCGCAUAUUUUUGGAUUCUCGCAGGGGGACAGUGCCUUGCCUGGGAAUAUUGAAUGUAUCAUUAUCAACUUGAGUCUGAAGGAUACGGACCGAUUUUCUACAGCAUUCAGUCAUCAUUGUACUGAACCAAGAAGCGCAUGGAAUCUAUACGACGAGAUGAUCACAGUGGGGACUGAGGUUGCAAAGAAGACCCCAAGCCUCAAAGUAUGCAAGAUCCUGUGUCACAAACACCCAUGGCCGGAUAUGAUGACCAUGGACUGUAUUACAGGAGCGAAAACAGUUCUUGUUGGGGAUACCUGGGAUUGGGGAGAUGAAGGGGUCCCUGAUCCUGACGAUGGGAUGUCAGGGAAUGAAUUUUCAUUAACUGAUAGUGAUUUCUCCAGCGCAUCUGGGAUAUAA